AUGGAAAAAUCUUAUAAGAAACGACAAACCUACUUUGGGAUCCGCAGGCGCCGGCCUCAAAUUACCAACCGCCAGGCUAGCGUUCUCUUAGCUAAAUCAAAUGCCAAACCAGAAGGUCCAUUUGAUUUCUACAGGAUUUCCCUUCAGUGGCCCGAAUCAUAUUGCAAUCAUAUCGGUGUCGUUUGUCAAUUGCCAAUCUUAUCGUAUUUUACGAUUCAUGGUGUUUGGCCACAGUACAAUCCUGAUAUUCCGGUGCCUGCUUUUAACAAAAGUGGAUGCAAUACCAUCCAACCCACACCCUCAGAUGCUAUCACGGAUAUUGACGCAGCUUGUACGUUAGGUCCGUUCCGUUCUGCCCGUUUUGCGUUAACAGCAUUAUUAGAUUCAGCUUCAAUUCUAUCAGAUAUGACAACAUAUUGGCCAAAUAUCAAAAAGUACACUAAAGCAGUCCAAAACCUCAAGUUCUGGCAAAACGAAUGGCAGAAACAUGGAAUGUGUUUUGCAUACCCAGAUCAACCAAUAUUAUUCUUCCAGACUGCGUUAAACUAUAUAAAGCAUCAUAAUUUCCUAGAAAUCCUUCGCAAGAGUGUGCCUUCUAUUGUUGCACAUAAUGAUAAAGAUUAUGAUCGAAAUGAUAUAGCAAACGCGAUAACAAAUUCGACAGGAGUAUCUCCAGAAAUUCUCUGCAACAGAGAUGCUCAAAAGAGAGACCAAUUACUGGAGAUUCGUAUAUGUUUUUAUCGAAGCAAUACGCUUAUGGAUUGUCCACAGCAGUUUCUUGGGGAACUCGCGGUCAUAACCUUCCCGAGAAAACUUGGACUCCCUGGUUUUCAAGGUUUACAAAUAGUGAAUAUAAAGGUGCGUUUGGUAGAGAGCAUCGUUGACAUAUUGGGAGUUUAA